GACCCCUCUCUGUCCUGUCAGAAAAAAGCCAAGGGUGAGGAGCUGUUUGACCAGGUCAUGUACCAUCUGGACAUCAUAGAGAAGGACUACUUCGGACUACGCUUCAUGGACUCUGCACAAGUACCGCAUUGGCUUGACAUUACAAAAAACAUUAAAAAACAAGUCAAAAUCGGACCUCCAUACUGCCUUCACAUGAGAGUUAAGUUCUACUCCUCAGAACCCGACAACCUGCAUGAGGAGUUGACCAGAUAUCUAUUUGUAUUACAACUAAAGCUGAGACCUCCUCAGUGGCAAGUUAGAAUGCCUUUGGACACAGCAGUGGAACUGGCAGCCUUCUCGUUACAAAG